GCGCUUCCGUGUGUCUACUUUAGCGCCGUGUGCUAGCUGCUGGAUAAUGUGGGAACCAGCAGGAGGAGAGGGGAGUUUGGCAGGCUAGUCUUCCUCCUCAUAUGGCAGCAGCGUUGGUGAAAUGUCCGUGUGUGUGGCUGCUGCUGUGGCUCUGCGUCCGGCUGUCCGAGACCGAAAACACCCGAGUCUCUAAGGACGAUGACGUCCUGCUGCCGUACGCCCACGGCCACGGCCCCUCCCACUCUCACCGCCAUGUCAGAGACUGUCAGCCCGUCAUCUACGGCAACACCACCCACGAGAGCUGGGCCGCCAGCAACCACAGCGGGCUGCCUUUGGCCGAGUCCUCGGUGUUUGUGGUGGAUGUGCCGGGAACCUCCAGACAUGUUUACGGUCACAUGACGGUGGUCCACGACCCACUGAGGACGGUGUCGGUGCUGGAGCCGGGCGGGCCGGGCAGCUGCGGGAUGAACCAGAGGGCCACGGUGGAGGAGACGGCCAAAGCCGCCGGGUGUCUGUACGCCCAGAACGCCGGUUUCUUCAACACGCGGUCGGGGAAGUGUCUGGGCAACGUGGUGAGCAACGGCAGGACGGUGCAGGACAGCGGCGGCGUCCAGAACGCUCAGUUUGGAAUCAGGAAGGACGGCACGCUCACAUUCGGGUAUCUGUCCCAAGAAGACGUUUUGAACCAGUCCAACCCAUUUGUCCAGCUGGUCAGCGGUGUGGUGUGGCUGCUGAGGAACGGAGAGGUUUACAUCAACCAGAGCCUGACGGCCGAGUGUGACAAGACACAAGAGACGGGGCAGUUUCGCACGUUUGUGGACGUGGUGUCGGCCCGGACAGCGGUGGGCCACGAUGCUCAGGGCAGACUCAUCCUGUUCCAGAUUGAUGGAAAGACUGGACAAAGAGGGAUGAAUCUUUGGGAGGUCGCUGACUUCCUGAAGAAGUACGGAGUGAUCAACGCCAUCAAUCUGGAUGGAGGCGGGUCCUCCACCUAUGUGGUUGAUGGCUCCCUGUCCAGCUACCCCUCUGAUGAAUGCGUACCAGACAACAGGUGGCGCUGUGGUCGGAAAGUCUCCACCAUCCUGUGCGUUCACCCGCGGCGCUGCGAGCCAUCAGACUGCAGCGGACAUGGCGACUGUGUGGACGGACGGUGUCAGUGUCAGGAGGGCUGGCAGGGCGCCGCCUGCGACUCUUUGGUGUGUCAGCCGCCGGCCUGUGGCUCCCACGGCGUCUGCACCGCCGGUGGUUGUGUCUGUGAUGCUGGAUGGAGAGGGAAAAACUGCAGCCAAGUGUGCCUCCCAGGUUUCUACGGCGACGGCUGCAAUCAGACCUGCGCCUGUGUUAACGGCGGCUCCUGCGACCCCGUCCACGGACGCUGCACCUGCCCGCCCGGUUUCCGCGGCAACGCCUGUGAGCAAGUGUGUCCUCUGGGUUUCUUCGGUCUGUCCUGCGCUCAGGAGUGUCUCUGUGACGACCAGUGCCCAUGUGACCCGCAGACAGGAAGCUGUAACGCCACAAUGCAGCCAGAGACCAACUACACCCUACACACAGCUGGACACUGUUUGGCCAAAAAGAUAUUUAUGUCCUGGAGACAAGAGGAAGCAGCUCACAGAGAGCAGCCUUAUCUAUCAGAGCGAACGUGGCUGAUUGUCACUCUAACCCUGGCCUUUCUGCUCUCGGCCAGCCUGUUGGUUCACCUCGUGCGAGCCUGUCGCGGCUCAGUGGCGGCCGGCUUCCCCGAGCAUCGGGACUACUCCUUGGUUCCACUCACGGACAUCAACGGAGCCGCUUCACGCGCCGAGGCCGAUGCUGGGAAAUCCGGGAAAACAGGUUUUGAAUUGGACGAUUCGGAUUGAACGGGACGACUCGGGGAUGUAAUCUGGUCUCAGGGAAGUCGUAGCUCAAAGAGGACCAAAGAUGAUGACAGAGGAAAUGACUCAAACAAAUCUUUGGAGGCUGAAAAAGGAAGCAUGGAUUUGUUGCAUCCCUCCAGCGACAUCAAACCACCAGCAGGUAUUUCUAAGAAGAUGCUGUUGGCAGCUGGUUGGGUAGGAUAGUCUUUGAAUCUGAUGAUUAAAGGCGGAAGUCAGAGUUUUAUUUUGUCUCCAUCCCAGCUCAAGGUACGAUGAACUUUGACCUCUAACCAGGCGCCUGUAUCACGAAGCCGGAUCAGCCACGUAUACUACCCCUUCUCCAGCUUCUUAUUAUACUCCCAAUUCUGUGCUACUGAUUCACCUCCAUAAAUACAGAAGUGGAAGAAGUACUCAGGUCAUUUACUCCAGGAAAAGUAUUCCAGAAAUACCAGAAAGCCCUGAAUUCCAAACGUUACGUAAGACAAUAGUAUUAUCAUCAGCAGAAUGUGCUUAAAGUAUCAGAAGUACUAAUUAUACAGAUUAAGCAGUAUAUUAAAGAGUAUUAUUUGUUCUCAGGAAGUGCACACCAAACUCCACUACUAGCAAGAACAGUAAAUGUACCUAGUUACUUUCCACCACUGGAUAAAUAUCCCUUUUGUACUCGCAGGUAUCAGAGUUUCCUGUCGUGUCAGUGCAGCCUGACAGAACCAGCAGACAUCUUGUUCCUUUUGCUGAGGAAGACUGUGAAGAAAAGUUCAUAAGUCGACCUUGAGUUAAGAUUUUUCUUGUCUAGAUGUUAGCAUGUUAGCAUUAGUGCUCAGCAUCAACAAAAACCAGGGUUCCAAUGUGUCCUGGAAAACCUGGCGGUUGUGGAAGGAUUCCUGGAGAAUAAUUUUGACGUUCCCAGCUUCGUGAAACAGACUCCAGGUAGGAUGAGGUUUUCAAGAUGAACUUUGACCUCCAGCCGGGAAGGCCCCAGGGGUUUCAAAACAAACUGUUACUUAAGAUUUUUAUUGCUUGAUUUCUUGCGAACACGAGGAUUUUUAAGAUGUUUUCUUAUCAUGCACUGAGCCACAUGUCUGAAUGUAAAAAUAAUGGAUUAAUGUGCAGAAUAUGAAUCAUGAGAUAAAAGGAUCAAGAAGAAGCACAAUUUUCUCAAGAUGCCACAAAUAUUUGCUCAGUUUAAAGUUAAAAUUCUUAUGAUUUUUAUCAAAUUAAACCUUGUUUUUGAUUCUGUUCAUUUUCAUUAACAGCCGUUCAGUUUACACAUAGUUUAUGUUUUUCUUUAUUUUUAAUUUGAUUAUAUUUACUCUUCACUCUCCUACAGGCGGAUCAGAGCUGGAUUAAGUUACUGCUCAUGCUAACCAAACAUUUCCCUCUGCAGUUACACCAGUUACUCUUUUCUCAAAGACAGUUUGCAGCCUCCUGAAUUCAAGGACCUGUGGUACCAAACCGUGCUUACUGCUAAAAGAUUAUAACUUUAAACGUCUCUGUGGAAACAGGACAACUUUGUAUUUUGUCAGCAAUUCUUGGUGUUGACUGAAAAAAAUAUUUGUAAUGUUAUUUUUAACUUGUCACCAAUCAUCACUGAACUCUUGAUGUGUAAUUAGCAGGUUCUUUUACCUGUUUAAAACACACAAAUAAAUCUAAAAAAUAUCAGACUGAAAGUCUGAAUCUAUCUGAA